AUGAAUAUAGCGGCGAGGAUACUCUUUCCCAAUGAAAAAAGACUCUUCAAUCGUGUCUUUAGCCGCUCCAUUCCCAAUGGGGAGUUUAAUUUCAGGGAACUUUGCACGGAAUUGGCUACUAGUCUGCUGAAAUCUGCCCGUGCCUUGGCAACUUGGAGCCAUUUCAUGCGCAACACAUUGCAGGAGUUGAUACAAGAGUUUGAAUCAUUUACAACACUCUUAAAUAUUGUAGUGCUCUUGAUAAGGCAGAGAUUGUGCAUUUAUGAAGCUUCGGAAAAUGUAUCACUCAUUCCUGGUGGCGGGAUUCAUCCUAUUACCCUUGAAGGGAUGUACUAUACUUAUUCGGUUUACAGAAAUAGGGAAAUUAGGAAACUUAGCCAAGAUUUAAAGGAGGGAAAGAUUCCAUCAUCUGUGUACAUAGACAAAGUGAGAAUUCUGUUAAAGAGUAGUUUGGACGAUAAGUCCAAAAAUGGUAAUAAGCUUGAAGUGAUAUACUACAUUAAAUCUCUACACCAAAGUAGGGAGAAUAAACUUAGACUAGGUUUAGAUGAAAUGAUUUCACCUGUGUGUAAUUACAAGAUGAUAGAGCUUGUAGAGAGCAGUUUAGAAGCCAACUCGAAAAAUUACAAAAACCCUUCUUUGCGUAAUGUUUUCAUCAUGAACAACCGGCGAUUCAUUGAAGUAGAGACAAAACUGAAUGGACUGGGACUUUCUUUUGGAGAUGACUGGCUCCACAAAAACACAACAAAGCUCCAAGAAAACCUUGAGCUCUAUCUAAGAAGCUCAUGGAAUAAGAUUCUGGACCUUUUGAAGGUAGACAUGAAUCAACCAGAGUCUAGUGUUGUAGCCGAGUUGAUGAAAGACAACCUUUAUUGGUUCAACGAACACUUUGAUGAGACAUGCAACAUUCAGUCUGCAUGGUCUGUCUGUGAUGAGGAGCUAAGGAGGGAACAAGUAAUAAAAUCCAUAGAAAACAUGCUGUUGCCAGCUUAUGGAAGUUUCCUUGGCACAUUUGAGCAACUUGUUGGGAAGCAUGCUUAUAAGUACAUUAGGUAUGGAAUGUUUGAGGUUCAAGAUCGACUCAACAAAUUGUUUCUUUUAAGGGAGUAG